GGACGUUCUAACAAUUAUUGAAACCUGAAUUAUGUAUUACUUUUAUAGGGAUGUAUGGAAGUUUAUUAAACCACAUAUAAUUCGUGUGAUAACUGAUGAAAUAGUUCAAUACGAUGCAAAAUUGAAGAUUUUCUAUCCUAAUUCACAGGUACUUUUCUACAUCGAAAAAUACGUGGAAAAAAAUAAAUUAGCCGACCCAAAUAACAAGCGUCGUAUACGCACGAGAUGUGACCCUCUGUCUAAAGUAUUUUCGGGCCCCCAAGAAUUUGUGAUCAACCGUUUCGGGGAUAUAUGGCAGUUUUUGAGGCCACAUUUGAUUCAUGUAAAAAAAGAACAAUAUGAUGAGAAGAUGAAGAAUAAUUCACAGGUACUAUUGGGAUUAAAUGAAAUAGUGUUUAAAUGUUCAUUUUCGUUGUUUCUAAUCAUUAAUGUAGCUGCAGGCGGAUCAAAUUCUACUAAAUGAAUACAAAUUUAUUGGCAAAUUUUAUAUAUGGAGCUUAUGAAAAAACCUCAGUUGUGACAAAUUUACAUUUAAAAACCGAGAUAACAAAGGAUGCUAGGAUGACCUAUACACCGGGAUUUGCAGAAAUCAUGAAGAGCACAACGGUGUUUGAAUGCACUUAUUGCGACGUCAUGUGUAUAGGAAAUGAAGAGAAAAAUCAUUGGUCUGACUGGC